CAGGUGGCGUCGAGGGCGAGCGCGAAGUGCUGGACACCGGCCGCUGACUGUCUGCCAGCGGCUGAUACUCGUCGAGGAACGGUGCACCAGGAGCCGGCACACACCUAGGAGCGGUGCACCAGGAGCCGGCGCACACCGAGGAGCGGUGCACCAGGAACCGGCACACACCGAGGAGCGGUGCACCAGGAGCGGGCACACCGGGGAGCGGCGCUGCAGGAGCCGGUACAUGCCGAGGACUGGUGCAGCAGGAGUCGAACUCUCAAAGGGGAGCGUUGCUGCAGGACUCUCCAGUCUUAGCCAGGCUCGACCUGAGAACACGUCGGGGCCGUUUGACACGUGACUCCGGGCCCGCCAGACCUGCCGAUCUUCCAACCUCAGCCGGGCCAGCAAAGAUGGCGGCGGCGUCGGCCGAGUUUGGCACGGUCAACUUCGUGGUGAUGGUGGCGUUCUUGGUGGCUACGCUGGCCAUCGGCGUCUUCUACGGUCUACGAGGUCACGAGGCACACCGACUGCUCAUCUCGCGCGAUAUGGGCGUUGCACCUGUCUCGCUCUCCAUCAUGGCCACCUUCCUCUCCGCCAUUCUCAUCGUCGGUACUCCAUCGGAGAUAUUCUACUUUGGCUUGGAGUGGGCUGUCGCCGUGCUGACAUUCCCCAUCGCCGUCGUCAUUUCUGCCACGCUGUUCCUGCCCAUCUUCUUCAGACUGGGUUUAAUCAGCGUCUAUGAGUACCUGGGACGGCGAUACAACUCGCGGUUGAUGACGGUGGUGGGCACGUUAGCCUUCAUGACGCAGAACCUGCUGUACACGGGGAUUGCCCUGUACGCACCCACCAUCGUGCUCAGCAACGUGACCGGCAUCUCCAACUGGCUGGCCAUCUGCGUCGUCGGUCUGGUCGGCACCUCCUACACCGCCUUCGGAGGAUUCCAAGCCGUGAUCUGGGCAGACGUGAUGCAGGCGCUCGUCAUGAUCUCCGGCGUGCUCUCCAUCAUCAUUCAGGGCUGUAUCAACGUCGGAGGGUUCUCACAGAUGCUGGCCGUUAAUAGGGAGCAUGGCCGCCUCACCAUGUUUACAUGGGACAUCAAUCCGCUGCAGCGCCACAACUUCUGGAAUACAUUCUUCGGCCAGCUCUUCAUGUGGACAUCCUUGCUGGGGGUGAACCAGCCCGCGGUGCAGCGGCUUCUCAGCCUGCCCACGUACAAGAAGGCUGCACUGACAAGCAUCAUCGGGGGCUUCAUGAUGACUAUGAUGUGCUCCCUGGCCGUGAUCGCCGGGCUUGCUAUCUUUGCCACUUACGCCACAUGCGACCCGCUGCGCUCGGGCGUUACCGAGAGGCGAGACGAGCUCGUGCCACACUUCAUGGCUGACCAGCUGGGCCACGUGCCUGGCUUGGGCGGCCUCUUCAUCGCCUGCGUGCUCAGCGGCGCGCUCAGCACUAUCUCGUCGUCGCUCAACUCGCUGGCGGCCUGCACGUGGGAGGACUUCUUCCGCGACAGCGCCUGCACCGCCGGCCUUACGGACCGCGGCCGGCGCUGGGCACUGAGAGGGAUAGCUCUGGUGUUCGGGGUCGCCUCGAUUGGCAUGGCGUUCCUGGCCAAGAACAUGGGCGGCGUGCUGCAGAUUGCCAUUGGCGUAUACGGCGGCUGCACGGGGCCCAUCCUCGGCCUGUUCUGCAUGGCUCUCUUCGUGCCGUUCUCCAACCGCGCGGGUGCCACUGUCGGUCUGGUGGCGGGCCUAUGCGUAGCGCUCUGGGCGUCGUUCGGUGCCUCCUUCAGCGGCGCCUCGCCGCCGGUGAUGAUGCCCACCCGGCAAGACGGAUGUCUGGCCAACACCACCACCAUCAUCACCAACGCCACACAGCCAGAGUCGGCAAUCGUUGACAAAUCUGCAUUAGAAACGUUCUACAGCAUAUCCUACAUGCUCUACUCAGUGCUCGGUUUCGUUACAACUACGAUAACAGCCAUCAUCGUAUCCCUACUGACAGGGGGCUUAAAAGCCGAAGUGGAUGGAGAGCACCUUAGUCCUGUUGUCAAGUGCUUAGCUCCAAAGAAGAAAUACCGGCUGUCGCACAUAAAUGGAACGUCAAAUACGGGCUUCGAAAUGGAAGCGAUUAAGAAGUGAAAGCUGACGAUUGGUGACACCCGUUUGCCGCUUGUUUAAGUCCAGCUGGCUCUGAAGCCACGGCCCACCUGACUAGCUGCUGUUAUCAGCACCCACCACUGCGCUCCCUGCUGUAUGCGACAUCUGCCGCUGUACUGUCUGUCGUAUACGGCGUCUGCCGCUGCGCUGUCUGCUGUAAACGGCGUCUGCCGCUGCGCUGUCUGCUGUAUACGGCGUUUGCCGCUGUGCUGUCUGUUGUGCAUGGCGUCCGCCGCCCGGUGCGCUGUCUGCUGUAUACGGUGUCUGCCACCGCGUUCUGCUAUUACGGCAUCCGCCGCUGCAUUCGGCUGUAAACGGCGUCUGCCGCUGCGCUGUCUGCUGUAUACGUCGUCUGCCGCUGCACCAUUUGCUGUCUGCGACGCCCGCCACUGCGCUGUUGCGUCUACGACCUGGGCGUGGCGUUCUGUGGCGGCCGCCGUCCUAACCGCUCCCCGUCUCUCGUCAUCUGCCGCUGCCAACCGUCGUCUGCCUUACCAGUGUUGGUGCUAAUGUUGAUAUUGGUGGAGUUGACGCCGGCGCCUAGCGCUGCGUUGUCCCGCGCGUUUGCCCGAAGCGUCUGGAGUAGGUCUGUGAUUGGAUAACACCCAACCGCCACGCGAGUACGUGAGGCGUGGUGAUUGGUGGGACCGGGUGAGCUCAGCGCGGCGUGACCUGUGGCGAGGUCGGCCCGCGCGGUGAACGGGAUCGGGAGUAUGUGUCAUGUCAUGAGAUGGAUGUAUGGUUUUUUAGAUAAUAGAGUAACAUGUGAG